AUGGCUUCGCUCCCAGAUUUUCCACCGUUUAAUGUACACGAGGACUCUAAUGCUGGCCCAAGAUGGAAAAAGUGGCUCACGAGAUUCGAACGGCUACUUUGCGGACUUAACAUCACAGCUGAUAAAAGAAAAACAGCUUUGCUCUUGCACUACGCUGGCCCUGAUGUCGAUGAUAUCUACGAUACUCUGCCGACUAGCAGCAACGAAGACUACAAAACCGUAGUGGAAAAGCUCAACCAGUACUUCUCACCUCAAACUAAUGUGGCUUUCGAAGUUUUUAAUUAACUUCCGCCAAGCGAAACAGAAACCCGACGAGUCUCUUGAUUCUUAUCAUACUCGAUUACGCCAUCUUUCUCAAACGUGCGAAUUUAGCGACCCCGCUAAAGAGAUCAACGACCAUAUUAUUUUGACCUGUACGUCCAACUCUUUACGCCGACGAGCCCUUCGUGACAAUCUUGAUCUACCGAACCUGAUGAAGACCGGCAGAGCCAUCGAACUAAGCGAAAAACAAGCCAGCCAAGUCGAGCAACAAGAAUUCUCAAGCGUAAAUUCAGUUCGUCACGGAAAUAUACAACAGCCAAAUACGGAAGCCACAGACCCCCCAAGAUCGCGUUUUGAGAACCAACGAUUACGUAAUUUCAGAGGCGCUGAGCAAUCUCGUGCCAGAGAAACCUGUGGAAACUGCGGUGGGACAUACCCGCAUAUCAGAGUUUGCCCAGCAAGAGGCAAGGACUGCAAAUCUUGUGGGAAAAUCGGACAUUUUGCCCGGGUUUGCCGCACCAAACCCCCAUCAUCACAGCAUGUAAAGAAUGUCACCCAUACCCGCCCCCAGUCUCCACCCGAUUCUGACUCCGAACCAGACUAUGCUUUCACAAUCGCAAAUCUCUCUGGAACACCCGCAUCACCAAAGUGCCAUGUAAACAUUGCAGGGCACAGCGUAUCCGUCAUGAUAGACUCUGGCGCUUCUGUCAAUAUCCUCGAUGACGCCACCUUUAACAAAAUUACCCGCAACAAAGGAAUCAGUCUUGAACAAACAAACCACAAAAUUUAUUCCUAUGGAUCACUACGUCCACUACCACUAAAAGGAGUUAUCAAAACCAACAUUUCCACUGAUUCUAAGCACCUUUCUGCCCAAUUCCAUGUAGUUCACGGGAACUCUGGAAAUCUGCUAAGCUACACCACCGCCUGCCAACUCAACUUGCUCAAAGUUACGAUCAACAGCACUACCCAUCACAUACCAUCAACUAAUCAGUAUCCCCCAGAGUUCGAAUGCCUCUUCUCUGGCAUUGGAAAGCUAACUGGUAAAACUGGUAAACUGCACAUUGAUCCUGAUGUUUCCCCCAAACAACCACCCUCCACCUGA